GAACUUCAUUCAAGACCAGCAGGCACUUAGGAUGUCUUGUAAACAUUUGCUCUUUGAGCAAGGAGUGCUCUUCUUGACAGCAAACAGGACAGGUGCCUGGGCUGUUGCUUCUCAAACACCAAACAGACUAGAAGAUCGUUGCCUGGAUUAUCUAGAUUGGUAGAGAGAGGGAGACAUAAUUCCUUUACAUCUGCAAUGCCAGACAGUGAGGAUCUGGGACAAGAUGAAAGCUGGAAAGUCAUCAGUUCCAGGCAAGACUACAGACCCAGAAUAAAUCAGUGCAUUUCAGAAACACUGAUGAAUUUAUUUGUAUUUCUUCAAGAAAUGUCCCACUUCAAGGAACAAAACCCUGGCAAGUUUUGCCUACUAGUCUGCAGUGUCUGUACAUUUUUCACUGUCUUGGGAAGUUACAUUCCUGGAGUUGUCCUCUCCUAUGUCCUGUUAUUGUGUGCCUUUUUAUGUCCCUUCCUUAAGUGCAAUGAAUUUGGACAGAAAGUGUGCAACAAAAUUAAGACUGUUCUGAUGAAACUAGAUUUUGGAGUAGUGGAAUAUAUCAACCAGAAGAAAAAAGAGAGAUCUGAAACAGCAAAAACAAAACCCACAGAAGAUGACAGUGAAUUAGACAUAUCAGCCCUGUGUCCUAAGGUUAGUCCUGCAGUUGUUGCCAAAGAGCUGUCAGUGUCUGACACAGAUGUAUCAGAAGUCUCUUGGACCGAUAAUGGGACCUUUAACUUAUCCGAGGGGUAUUCUCCACAGACAGACACAUCUGAUGAUUUUGACCGACCUAGUGAUCAUGAAGAAGCUUUUGCUAGAGAUCUUCCAGAAUUUCCUUCUUUAGAAAAUGGUGCCGGAACAAAUGAUGACGAUGACUCAAGCAUUGGUAUGCCCAUCCAGCAAAAACGAAAAAAAGAACAAACAUAUUUCAAGGUGGAUCACGCUUCCAGACAGAGUAAAGAGAGGCCGUCCACUGCAGGGCUCUCCUUGCCUUUGACCAGUGACCAAACCUUUAAUUUAAUGAGUGGAAUUGCUGGGGAUGUCAUCGCAGCUGCGGUGUCUGCUGCCAUCAAAGACCAGUUGCAGUCCGCACAGCAAGCUCCCUCGCAUGCAGUGCCCAGUUUGAGCGAGGAGACAGACACAGAGGAAGCUGAUGAUUUUGAACUGCUUGACCAGUCUGAGCUUGAGCAGAUUGAGAAAGAAUUGGGACUUUCACAAGGCCAAGAAGCAGAAGCCCAGGAAAAGAAAAAAUCUUCAGGCUUCCUUUCAAACCUGCUAGGAAGUCAUUAGCCUGGAAAUUGCAGCUGGUAACAUAGAAGAAAUUAAACAUAAAACACACGUAAAAAAAAUCAAAUGCAAAAAAAAAAAAAAAAAAAAAAAAAAAAAAAAAAAAAAAAAAAAAAAAAAAAAAAAAAAAAAAAAAAAAAAAAAAAAAAAGAAAAUUCGGAGCUGUAAGCUUUAACUAUCCCUUUAGAUGUGUUGUAAUAAUUUCCCUUAUGCAGAGUGAAUUAACUGGGUAAAUAUCAGCUGAUACUGAUAGUUUAAUGUUUCUGGUAGUUAUACCUCAAUGUAAUAGCAUGGAAAUGAAUUAUCUAUCCACUGUUUGGUUGCAGAUGAGUGUUGGAGGUCAGUUGUUCAAAAGAAUUGGGGGAGAGGGGUUUUUUAUCUUUUUGCCAACCUUGUAUUUUGGGGUCCUGAGCCAAAUUUUUGAUAUCGGCAGGUUAUUUACUCUUGGUUGCCGACCAGGUAAUACAAUUAACGAUUCACACAGGGAGGGCAAGUUAUCAGAGGACUGCAAUGAGAUUAAUUAAAUCUCAUCUCCUUCAGUCAUACCAAAAAGUAUGAAUCCCCGCAGUUAGCGUUAUGCAUAGUGCAUCUAUUAUAUAUGAAACACUUUAAUUGGCACAACUCUAGUUUAAAUAUGUGUGCAACACUAUCAAAUAACUUGAUUUCGUACUUAAAACCUUUUUAUUAUUUUGGAUAUGGUGAUGCAUUUCCAGGUUUUUUGCUGUUUUAGGCUUGUAGAGUUGUAAAGUGGCAUGCUAUUUGACUGACCACCUGCUGUGUUCCUUGAUAGAGUCUGGUCCUUGGCAGUAUUGCCCGUGUAAAGUCAGCCAACACUUUUUUUUAUAUUAAAGAGUUAAUAUCAUGUAAACUGAACAACAUUUUUGGGAGCAGGUGAGGGUAGUUAUUGUUUGGAAUAGAGGUUAGAGGUUUAAAAAAAAAAAAAAAAAGAUUUUUUAGGUGCCACUUCCUUAAUUCGAUAUCCUGUGGGUUUUGCUUUUUGUUUUUUGUUUGUUUGUUUGAUUUUUCCCAGGACAGCUGCCACCACUUGCAACAAAACUUGUGUUGCAAUCUGAAUCUUUUAAGAUACUUGAAAGUAUUCAGUGAGGUCAUUUGCUAUAGAAGACGCUCAGAAUCUUCUUCUUUGCAUGGAAUUUAAAAGAAACAAAAAAUAACUUUUUAAAAUUAUUUGCCAGAUUAAACUCCACACAUGCUCAGUGAGUGGCAUGGGAUCUUAAGCAGGUAACUUAUUUAACUCUUUCUAGGGCUUUUUUGUUCACCUGUGGCAAAAUUGAUUUGUAAUACCAAGCAAUAGUAAUCAAAGAAUUAGGAAGAAUUAAAGUUAGUUUUUUUAAUGUGAUGUAAACUGUUAGCAAAGUUGAGGGACCAUGUCAGCUGCUAUUACUACUCAAGUGAUUUUCCAUUUUGCUGGCAUUUGAAGAGGUGAAUGCUGUCAUCUGGGACCCUCGGGAAGUACAGCAACAGAUUAUAAAAAUCUUCCACUAACAUGUAAGCGUAGGUAAACCUGUGUUUAAAGUUAACUCCAUUUUAAUUUGUUUUUCUUUCUGAGAUGAAAAAAUGGGCAGAUGGCCAAAAAGAGUGUAGUGAAAGGAAAAAUGCUGAGAAUUUUUGACACUAGCUUUAUCGUCGCUUGUGCUUUUGUGUCAGUAAUGCAUAUUGACCGUGUUUGCUGUCCUUUACCAGUAAAAAAGUGAGCCUGUGCCUUCAUUAUCAAAUCCAUUACGAAGUAAGUGGAUGCUGGAUGUAAAUCCCACAAGAUGCAGCUUUUGAAAUUACAACAUCUUAACAUUAAAAGUGAGUUUCUGGAAAUGAUUUUUAAAAAAUGGCCACAUCGCUUCCACAGCGUUGGUUGCUAAGUUUCCUUUUUAGCUUCCCCCAGCCUGUCCCUCUCAACUUGCAAAAAAAUAAAAGAAGCUUUUGCUGGGAAAUCGGUCAGUUUAAAGGCCAUUUAACUUUCUCAGGUGAGUUAACAGCCUGGUUUCCUUCCUGCACGGUCAGGACAAUCUAUAGAGUUAGAAGAGGACAACUUCCAAGUUGGUGAUGAAGCUUUGUAGGGGGACACAGACAACUGCGUGCAUCCUGGUCCGGGAGCAGUGGUGCCAGGAGGGGACAGGGCCUAUGGGCCGGGGAGAGGCGGGAGGGACCAUCCUUCACAGGCCUCUCUGGAGCGGAGGGAUGGGACGGACUAGCUGGCUGGCGAGGGCGGCGUUACAGCAGCGUGCACUUUAUUGGUGUCUAAUGAAGAAUACUUGUGGUUAUAAAGUACUUAGCGCAGGGGCACUCUUCUAGAAUAAUAGAUUAGAUCAAGAAGGAAAAGCAGUUGGAGGAGUUUCUUGGACUUUUUGUAAAGGAUCCAUUUUCUGGUUUCAAUAUAGAAAAAUAGAUCAAUUUUUCUCCAGUACAAGUCUCAAUUUUAUUAUUUUUUUUCUUUUCAGAAAGAAAAACAAAGCAAAACAAGCAAAUCAUUAAAGUUUAGGGGUGUAAUUGCUUAUCUGAGUGUCUUUAGAAUUUUUAUUUUUCUGUUCUCAUAGCUGAUUACCUUCAAGCCCCUAAAUACUGUGUAUUGGGAAGGAGGUAAUUCUGUAACAAUUCAAUAUUUCUCCUUAGGUAGUGGAAGGAUACUUAGUUUUUCUGCAGAAAAUUGCCUCUUCCUUCCCAAACAACCGCACGUAAGAAACACUUUGCUUGGACACGAUACAUUCCACUGCCAGCAGUUUGACCGCAGAACACGUUUCUCUCCUUGGCGAGAUCCCUCCCACGCUGCCGUCAGUUGGAAAUCUCUCCAGAAACCUUCAUUUUGCAGUAUUCUAUCAGCAGUUACUUAAAAAUUCCCUUCACAAUGGCCCACAGCGUCUCUCCUGCUGCCAUCUUCCUGUCCUCUGCAAGGGAGCAGAGGUGCAGGGAGAAAGGCAGGUGAGCAGGGAGCUUGGAAAGGGGUAGUUUUCGGGCAGUUUUCAGCCAUGAGGCAGCAGUGAGGGCAAGAGCAGAGAGUAUGGAAGGCGCCCAUGGGGCGACACAGAGCGUGGCCUUGCCGUGGGACGAGUCCUGCCCGUGGUACCUGCUGGGGGGCUGAGGAUGGGGCGCGUUGUUGCCGCGGGGCUGUCGAAGCGCUCGCCGCUCCCCUCACUUUGCAGCAUCCCUGCUGGAGGAGAACCACCCGUGUCGGGGCAGGAUUGACUGGGUACAGCUCUGUCCUUCGUCCUCCGAAAAUCUCCCCUUGCCUUAGUACCUCUGAGUGACAGACGGAGCGGGGGCCCUUUGAUCAGCAGCCUCAAGUCUGUCAAAUCCAGCGGAAAAACACCCGUUUCCAGCACUGGGGGCUUCUGUCCAUGUGCUACACACCUACUGACCCUUCCUCAGUUUGUUCGUGGAAAAAUUGCCAAUUAUUCUAUGCACAGGAGGGGAAAUAAUUUUAACCCAAAGUAAUAGGAUUUGAAGAAAUACUCGUUUUACUUGUUUUUUGUUCGUUUUGCACUUUUCCCAGGCGGUUUAAGCCUCCUGAACAACCUCCCUGUAGUCUCCAUGUCUGUUCUCAGCACACGAGCAGCGUCACAGUCUGUAACACACCACCUGUCCGGGUAACCAGAAACUGGAAAACUACAAAAUGUCUUUAUUUAAAAUAUUCUGCAGCACUUUACCUAGCCUGAUUACUAUUUUGUAAACAUGGAAUUAUUAUAUUGUUUGUAAAAACCAUUUAAUAAAUAUGUGUUAGUUUUUAUCUUUCA